AUGUUUCCUGGCGUGGCAGUCAUUACUGGUGCUGGUGGAACAGGAAUCGGCGCUGCAACAGCCAAAGCCUUUGCCGCAGCAGGAUGUGAGAGAAUUGCUAUCACAGAUCUAAACGAAAAGUCUUUGCAGACAACCGCAAAAGCCAUUGCUUCUACAUACCCCAAGACUCAACUCCUAGUGAAAGCUGGGAAUGUGGCAGAUGACCAGUUCGCAGACUCGUUUAUUGACGCAGUCGUACAACAAUUCGGACGAGUCGACUAUGCUGUCAACUGUGCAGGUGUCCUUGGGAAGUCAUUGCGCUCAGCGGAAACGAGCCUCGAAGAAUUUGACCGGGUCAACAAUAUCAACUACCGAGGCUGCUGGCUGUCUUCUCGAGCAGAGCUUAGACAGAUGGUGUCUCAAAGUGAACUCCCAAGUCACGACCCUAACCGUCCUGGCCAGCGGGGCGCAGUUGUGAACGUUGCUAGUCAGUUGGGAAUCGUUAGCCGUCCAGGUGCUCCUGCGUAUUGUGCAUCAAAAUCCGCGGUCAUUGGAAUGACUCGGGCAGAUGGUAUCGAUUAUUCCAAGAAUGGGAUUCGAGUCAACUGUGUCUGUCCAGGUGUCAUUGAAACACCACUCAUCAUGGAGAAUCCCGAGAUUCGCGCGGCCAUCACUCCAGCAGCGGAGAUAGCCCCUAUGAAGAGAAUGGCCAUGGAUUCGGCUAUCGUUGCCCAAGAAUUGCUUCAAUAUCUUCGCUUUGGAUACCCUCCGAUUUUGCUAGGGUUUAUCUUUAUCGUCUUUUUGGUCCAUUCCUCUCAGGUGGCCAGAAAUGCUGAUCGCAACAUUAAAGUCCAGUAUGGCCCCAAUGGGAAACCACUGCCUAGGCGAACCCGAAUGAUGAUGGCGGUGGCCAGGGACUUGCCCGCGGAGCUUGCGCGGAAUAGAUCCAAGGGCUGGUUUGUUUGGCUGGAUCUGUUUGUGCUGGCAACCUAUAUUGCUGAGGCAGCAAUUCAUAUGACCCAUGCCAUAGUUUCAAAGUCAGAGCAGUGGUGGUGUGGUCAAGCGGUAGUGUUCUUUGUCGUCGGGGCUUUCUUCACUCAUACCGUUAUCUUCAUCUCUUUACUCGAGAACCGUGGACCGUCAAUCGCGCAAUUCGUCCCAUGGCUCUCGGCCAUUCCCUUCGAGAUAGCCAUUCUCUCAACUUCAAUCUCAAUCUAUUCCCACAUCCACCAUGAACCUACAAUCGAAGAUCCAUUCGGUGGAAGAUUGCGUACAAAGAUCACAUUUUGGGAGGCAUUGGAGAUUUCCGCAGGUUCAGUGCGGAUUUUUGUUCUCACACUGCUGGUCGCGUCCUACAUUUUCAAAUCUGCCCGCAAACAUUGCGCAUUCAAGGAGGCUGAGGAUGCCGAUGCCGGAGAGACGACUAGCCUGCUAGAUUCAAGAGGCAAUGCCAACUCGGAUGAUGGUGAUGCCUUGACCGAUGGUCAACAGACCCCGGAAGUAGAAGCAUGGGUGCGGCCUUUGACGACCCCUUCCACCAACUGGAUGGAAUAUCUGAGUGGCUAUUCCCUAUUCUUUCCAUAUCUGUGGCCUUACAAGUCUCUCCGGUUGCAAAUUGUCGUCGUCAUGUGCUUUGCUAUAUUGAUUGUGCAGCGAGCGGUAAAUAUCCUAGUCCCAUAUCAAGUGGGAGUGAUCGCAGACUCAUUGUCCACCAGCGAUGGAAAUCUGAAAGUGCCUUGGAUGCCCAUCUGUCUGUAUAUCAUCUACCGUUGGCUUCAAGGUAGUCAAGGUUUCCUUGAGUCGGUUCGCUCGAAUCUGUGGAUCUCAGUGAGCCAGUAUGCAUACAUGGAGUUGUCAACCGCUUCAUUUGAGCAUGUUCAUAACCUAGGACUGGACUUUCACCUGGGUAAAAAGAUGGGCGAGGUUCUCUCUGCCCUCACCAAAGGCAACUCAAUCAACACUUUUCUUGAGCAAGUGACAUUUCAAGUGUUGCCGAUGUUCAUUGAUUUGACCAUCGCCAUUGGUUAUUUUCUAAUCGUAUUUGACGUGUACUACGCGUUGGCUGUUGCUGUCAUGACAUUCUUCUACCUCUAUUCAACCAUCAAGAUUGCCUCUUGGAGGGCCAAUAUGCGACGUCAAAUGGUGAACGCUUCCAGACAGGAAGACGCUGUCAAGAAUGAUUCCCUUGUGUCCUACGAAACUGUCAAAUACUUCAACGCAGAGGAAUACGAGUUCAAUCGCUAUCGAGGAGCGGUCUCAGACUACCUCCGUGCGGAAUGGCAUUCCCUAUUCGCACAGAAUCUGAUGAAUAUUUGCCAGAAUGUCAUUUUCAUGUUUGGCCUUCUCAUCACCUGUUUUAUUUGUGCCUACCAAGUUGCUCGUGGUCAACGUCCAGUCGGCCAGUUCGUGACGCUCCUUACCUACAUGGCCCAACUGCAAGCCCCAUUGAACAUCUUCGGAACCUUCUACCGGUACAUUCAAUCAGCGUUGAUCAACGCAGAGCGUCUACUCGAGCUUUUCCGCGUCCAGCCAUCGGUAGUGGAUGCACCGUCUGCAACACCGCUAGCAGUCUGUCACGGCCGAAUCACAUUUAACGAGAUCAAAUUCUCGUAUGACACCCGACGACCUGCUCUCAACGGAUUGACCUUUGACUGUAAACCGGGUACAACUACAGCUCUGGUAGGAGAAUCAGGUGGCGGGAAAUCGACAAUCUUCCGCUUGCUCUAUAGGUUCUACAAUCCGAGCAGCGGAAAUCUUCUUAUUGACGGAUACGAUACGCAGACCUUGACAAUUGAUUCGGUACGCAGACACAUUGGCGUCGUCCCACAAGACACCGUUCUCUUCAACGAAACAAUCAUGUACAACCUCAAAUAUGCCAACCAAAACGCCACCGACGAGGAAGUCUACGAGGCCUGCCGUGCAGCCAGUGUACACGACAAGAUCAUGGCGUUCCCCGACGGUUACGAAACCAAAGUGGGAGAUCGUGGAUUACGACUAAGUGGUGGUGAGAAACAGCGCGUCGCCAUUGCCCGAACCAUUAUCAAGAAACCUCAGAUCAUCCUGCUUGAUGAGGCAACGGCCGCAUUAGAUUCCGAGACGGAGCAGAACAUUCAAGAAGCACUAGCCAUCCUGUCACGUGGGCGCACAGUGCUAGUAAUUGCCCAUCGGCUGAGCACCAUCACCACUGCUGAUAACAUUGUUGUAUUGCACGAAGGUCGGGUUGCAGAGACUGGGACCCAUGAGCAACUUCUGGCUGCUAAUGGUCGAUAUAAAGCUAUGUGGCAGAAGCAGAUUCGUGCACAGACCGAAUCUGUGGGCUUGAAUGCCUUGUCAGGCAAGAUAUAG